AUGAGCUCCGACAUCAAGCAUCCCAGUGACGAGGAGAGCCACCAAGAAGAGGCUCUCAAUCCUGCAAGCCCAACCCCGUCGUCGACCACAAAGACACCAUCGGUCGAGACUACACCACCACGGGAUCCCUUCCAGGUCCACCCCAAAGACAACCCGCAGGAAGAAUUUGAAGUGUGGCACGACUGCGAACCCUGCGCCUCCGAGAACGUGUCUCCUCUCCUCCUCUCUCCCAUCCGGCUGUACCGCGCCGGGGCCCUGCAGGAGAUCGAAGCAACCCUCCACGUCGAAAGGUACAGCCGCAGCGGCUGCAUUCACCUCGCAUACUUCCUCGGCGCUCGGCGCAUUUUUUCCAUCGGGCUCCCGCUCCGAGCCAUCAUUUCGGAACGCCACGAGGAUGAAUAUUGUGCCUGCGAUACAGUGGGAGACGGGAUGACGACGCCCGAGGCCGAGGAUGGUGAGGGUCCCGCUGGCCUUGUCGCCGGCGAUGGCGGUCGAAAAAGGAAACGUGUCGAUGACGACGAGGAGAGCGUUUCUGCGUCGCACCGCGAGACUCGUCCCCGCCUGGAAAGCCCUCAACAUCCAACUUCCCUCUCCUAG